GCUUGUACCGCCGACGCCAUUGCGCUUUGAGAAAAAAUUUCAGCAUUUUUCUUUGACAAGGGGCGCCUUACAGCACCCCAAGUACUUGUGUGACGUGUUUUCGCAAAAUCUAAACCAUUAUUCGAAUUUGAUUCAAGUUCUGUUUCCCAUCCAAAGGCUAGUGACAGCAAAAAGUUGACAUGUCAAGUUCCCGCAACAAUGAAGCCCGAAUUUAUGUUGGUAAUUUGCCACCCGACAUCCGUACUAAAGAUAUUGAAGACUUGUUCUACAAAUUUGGAAAGAUUGCCUAUAUUGAUUUGAAGAACCGAAGAGGACCUCCGUUUGCCUUUGUUGAAUUUGAGGAUCCCAGGGAUGCUGAGGAUGCUGUGCAUGCUCGUGACGGGUACGACUAUGAUGGAUAUCGUCUAAGAGUAGAGUUUCCAAGAGGAUCACAAAAUUCUGGUGGUGGACACAGGGGUAGCAGUGGUCGAAGUGGAGGUAGAGGUGGUGGCGAUGGUGGAGGUAGAGGUGGUGGUGAUGGUGGUGGAAGCAAUGGAGGUAGAAGUCGAGGACCACCUGCAAGAAGAACUAAUUACAGAGUAAUUGUUACUGGGUUACCUCCUACUGGCUCAUGGCAAGAUUUAAAAGAUCACAUGAGAGAGGCUGGUGAUGUCUGUUAUGCUGACACCUAUAAAGAUGGAACUGGAAUGGUUGAGUUUCUUCGUUACGAGGACAUGAAGUACGCCAUCAAGAAACUAGAUGACUCAAGAUUUCGUUCCCAUGAGGGGGAAGUGUCCUAUGUCCGAGUGAAAGAAGACAGUGGUGAUGGUCGCAGUGGUGGAACUCGUGAUCGCUCGCGAUCCUAUUCUCCAGCUGGUGGGGGGGGUGGCAAGACACGCGGAAGUCGCGGAUCUCCUAGCUAUUCUCCUGUGCGUCGUGGUGGUUCUUAUUCCCGUUCGCGCUCACGCUCACCUCGUUCGAGAUCACGGUCAUAAGAACAUGUGUGAACAGAAAUCAGGCAAAACUAAACAAAAAUUCUGAGAAGUUGUGCGAUGUGGACAACAAAAAGCUUAAGGAUUGGAAGGACUGGAGGAAAGGGGUCUUUGGUAUUGUCUCCAUGGUUCAUUCUAUAUUUUCAAAAAUUCUUAGAUGAAUAGCAAGUCUUUUAAAUUGCAAAAACCAAGUUUGAUUUUUUUUACAAGCUACAUCAAAGAUUUCAAUUUUAUGAGAAACUCAAGCAUUUUUUGGGUUAUGAUUUUGGCAUUUGCAAUUAUUGCUACUAAUCAUUCAGUUCUUCACGACGUACACGAAAUCAUUUUGGUUUCGAAUACCCACAAUCCCCCAAAUCCAACCAAAAUUUUUUUAUUAUUAUUAUUAGUUUUUUUUUUUUUUUUUUUAAUAAACCCAUCCCUUCCUUUUUUCCUCCCUCUUGUAAUACACAAAUAGCGGUGCGUCGAAUAAACAUGAUUCUCAUUUUC